CCUCCAGAUCAACCCUAGUGCUGCUUUUUUUCGAGGCACUUCACCUCACAUUCCACAAAGAUCCAUGUUGUCAAAUUACUUGUGUUACAGAAUAGAUAUUAUAUAUAUAAAAAAGGGUUCCCUAUUUGCUUAAGUACAUGCCUUUUUUUUAUUUUUACUUGAAGUACUUUCAACACUUUGCAGUUCCAUCUGCCUUAUAAAAAUGUCCAAAGAGGGGCGCUAUUUCGCUAGAAUCCCCUCCUUAUUAAUCAAUGAAUUAAGCCGAUGAUUCAUCUUUGCCAUGAAUUGAUGUAAUAGCAUGAAAUAAUCAAACAGACUCAAUCAAUCAUUAAUUCAAUGGAUGGUGGGGUCUGAGAGAGGAGAUGGCGAAGGGUGUGUGGGGAGCAUCAAGAGAGGGAGGACUGAGCAGGCAAGAUGAACAGAAGAAGGACACGGACGUGGAGGAGGGCAAGUGUCUCACUCACCAUCAGUCACUCGGAAGGAUUUAUAGCAAUUCAUCUGAGCUCAGACCGACAUUUUUAAUUAAUUUCUAUAUAUAUAUUUUUUUCAAAUCAUUGGCGACUUUUACGACCAGUGGGAGGAGGCGAUUGGAGAAGUUUGAUGGGAUUCAUUCCUUUAGCUUCAACAGAAGUCCAUCUGGCCGGCUGCUGGAGGAGUUAGACACACACAAAAAAAAUUAAUAAAUACCCCGUGCACUUUUGUGAAGAUGUUUUGAGCAAAUUAGAAGAAUGCCGAUCAAACAAUGAUGGAUCUCAGUCCCAACGCGACACUCGCACCGGAAGCGUUCCUGUUUGAGAUGAGCAAAGGUCUGACAGUUGAUGUUUUACUCGUUUUAUAAGAGCUUUGGAGAACGUGGGACUCAACCCUCUGACAGAAGAUGAAGUUUGGAAGCAGUUUCUGCACCCUGAACGUUGGCGGUCGCAGAUUUCCCUUCUCGGUGGAGUUGAUGAAGCACCUCCCACUGAGCAGACUCAGCCGGCUGUAUCGCUGCGUGUCAGAGAGCGAGCUGUUAGAGCUGUGCGAUGAUUACGACCGUGACAGGAACGAGUUUUUUUUCGACCGCCACUCCGAGGCCUUCAGCUUCAUCAUGCUGUACUUGCAGCACGGCAAGCUGCGCUUUGUCCCCCACAUGUGCGAACUCUCCUUCUAUAACGAGAUGCUCUACUGGGGCCUCGAGAGCGCCGAUCUGCAACUGUGCUGCCAGCGGCGCCUGGAUGAGCGUCUGUCCGACUGCUUUGUCCACUUUUUCCCUGAAGAGGAGCCGCAAGGGCCGGAGGAAGCGCCCGAUCAUUGGCUGGAGAGGAUGAGGAGGACCUUCGAGGAGCCCACGUCCUCGGUGGCGGCGCAAAUCUUGGCCUCUGUGUCUGUGCUGUUUGUUCUCAUUUCGAUGGUGAUGCUGUGUGCCAGCACCUUGCCAGAGUGGAAGGAUGCUGAGACACUGGAUGAACACAGGAUCAUCGAGGCGGUGUGCAUCGGUUGGUUCACCGCCGAGUGCAUCGUCCGUUUCAUCGUGUCUCGGGACAAAUGCGAGUUUGUGCGCCGUCCUCUGAACAUCAUCGACCUGCUGGCCAUCACUCCGUAUUACAUCUCCGUGACGGCCACCAUGCUGACGGGAGAGAACUCUCAGCUUCAGCGCGCCGGCGUGACGCUGCGGGUGCUGCGCAUCAUGAGAAUCUUCUGGGUGAUCAAGCUGGCUCGUCACUUCUUGGGCCUGCAAACCCUCGGCCUGACGCUGAGACGAUGUUACCGCGAAAUGGUCAUGCUGCUGGUGUUCAUCUUUGUCGCCAUGGCCAUCUUCAGCGCGCUGGCGCAGCUUUUAGAAGGAGGAAACCAAGACUAUACUAGCAUCCCUGCUGCCAGCUGGUGGGUCAUCAUCUCCAUGACGACGGUGGGCUACGGUGACAUGUACCCGGUGACCGUGGCGGGUCGCCUACUGGGCGGGAUCUGCGUGGUGAGUGGAAUCGUGCUCCUAGCGCUGCCCAUCACCUUCAUCUACCACAGUUUUGUGCAGUGCUACCACGAGCUGAAGGUGCGUUCGGCACGCUGCAUCCGUAGCUCGUCGAGUGAUUUCAUUGACUGAAAGACACUCCAUAGCAACACGCCGCCCAGGGAAAGAAACACUCUCCAAAGGACUGCGAGCAACAGCUGAUUGUAGAUGCCGUCGACGGGUAUUGCACCUCGUUGAGACUCCUUUCCGGAAUCUUCUAUCAGAUUGUAAAGCUAUGCACGCCAAUGAACAGGAAGUAUGAUAUCGCAGGAGCAAGCAGUUCUUUCUUGUUUUGCUUUUCAAGUGAAUUUGGAGUCACUUUGAAAGUAAAAAUUCAACUUCCUAGUGAGGCGCUAGGAGAACAAAUGCAUUUUACCAGAUAUUUUUUUUUUCUCCCGUGUGGCAUUUCUGCACACCAGUCGGAAGUAUUGGGUUAAUCAAAAUUUAUCAUGUCACUAAUAGUUGGCUAGUAAUUAACUACUAAACCGUUUUGCCUCAGUAGUAACGUUUAGCCGUACCGCUAGUUUGCUGAAGUUGACCUACUGGGGAGGUCAGCGAGCGUAUUAGUGCAAACGCCUUCAGAUGGAUAUGAAGGCGAUUUACAUCACUGCUCAAAGAGCUCUGUGGGAAGCUUCGGCAUUUAUUCAGUAUCAAGGAUAUGAAAGAAGUUGGAACACCUUCCCAAUUCACAUUCACACUGCAGCACACCGCUGUUGAAUAACAAAUUGCAAAUCUGCCAUGGUGCAGCCGUUCAACUGCCUCGCUUCACUCUGCACAAAUUCAAAGAAGAAAAAAAAAACUGGCACUCGGCUACAGCAGAGCGAAGGAACAUCAGGCUGCUGCUCUCUCAGGUACCAAACGAUGCGAACCUCCCUCUGCUCCUCUCUGGAUGCGAUUGCCGCUCGUUUCAUCAUCUCUCGGUGAAAUCUGCGGUGCCAUAAACCUUUAAGGAGAGUGCCAAAUAAGUUAUUACACCUGGUCCUACAUUUUCUGUCUGCUCUUUGCACUUUUUUACACUCUCAAGCCAACACGGAGAAAACGCCAUCAUGUGUCACGUUGCACAGAACACACAAACACUCUUCAUUUUUUUUUUUUAAUCACAAGUGACAAAGCCGGCCAGCUGGAUGCUCGCUAACGAGCGGCUAACGCAACAAAGCAACCUAGUCCACAUCUUCACUCACUGCGUCUUAUACGUACAUAUAAUAUAUGUGUUAUUACAAUAUUUGGUGGCAGAAUAAAGCACUCUUAUCGGAAAGACUUCACUUCAGGCUGUUUCUCUGUAGUUUGCACCGAGUCUGCGGUGAUUCAACCGGGAACUCUCUGGAGCAGACGGUCUGCAACUGAAUAUGUUGGACAGUUUGGACAGUAUCGACAGUUUCCAUGGAGACGGCAGACUCGGAGAGGGGAAAAUGAAGUGGCGGAAAUGUCAGGCUCCUCGAGCUGUUGGAGUGUGAAUGUCGAUUAUCUCACUCAUACUGCUCGUCAAAAAAUAAAUAAAGUGCUGCUGGGCUUAAAUCAAA